UUUUUAAAGUCACUAUGAUUGAACUGAAUAAAGUAACUGCUGAAGAAGAGCCAUUAAGAAAACAGACAAUCGAACCAGAACAAAAAUCAUGGAAGAAGACACUACAACAUAUUCGGGAAAAUAUAACUGUCGAACCAGUUCUAACAUGCUACGUAAUCCCUGGAGUUAUUUCAAGAAUGGCAACACAGAAUUUGAACUUGGAUAAAGCUUGCAGAGUUAACAAAAAUUUCGGUGAUAAAAUUUGUAGCGCUUUAAUAGCUCGGUUUGGGACUAAAUAUCAGAAAGAGGAAGUAGAAGUCCAAGAGCUGAUAGCAGCGAUGGAAAGCUGGAAGAAUGUUUUACUGACAGCCAUACCAAGUUUCCUUAUAUUAUUUUUGGGAGCAUGGAGUGACAGAACGAGGAAACGGAAAUUAUGCAUACUGUUACCAAUAUUUGGGGAGUUACUUACAUGUUUGAGCAAUAUUAUUAAUGCUUACUAUUUUUAUGAAUUACCUGUUGAAGUCACAAUGUUCUUUGAAGCAUUAUUUCCAGCAUUGAGUGGCGGCUGGUCAGCGAUGUAUAUGGGUGCUUAUAGUUACAUAAGUGACAUCUCUAGUGAAGAAUCUAGAACAUUUAGAUUAGGUGUUGCUACUCUCUGCCUUACUGCGGGUGGCCCCAUAGGAUCAGCUUUAAGUGGAAUUUUGAUAGACAGAGUUGGUUACUACGGAGUAUUUUCUUUAUGCUCAGUCUUGUAUGGGUGCAGUAUUGCAUACGGUCUUAUAUUUGUAAAGGAUCCUGAAAGACCUGCAGCAAAUGAUGGCAACCAGGAGGAACGAAAUGGCAUACUAAAUUUUUUGAAAACAUUUUUUGACGUACAACAUGUGAAAGAUACCAUAACAGUGGUAUUCAGAAACGGGCCUAAAAAAAGAAGGACCAAAUCAAUUCUGGUUAUGCUUUGUGUCACAUUUAUUUAUGGACCUGCUUAUGGGGAGUUCACUAUGCGAUACUUGUUUACUCGGCAUCGUUUCAACUGGGACGCCGUAAAAUACAGUUUAUUUAGUACCUGCAAUGUUCUGACUCAUUCACUUGGUGCUUUAAUCUCAAUCAGUAUCUUCAGUCGUAAAUUGAAGUGGCAUGAUUCUGUUCUAGGAAUCAUUUCUAACGCAAGUAAAAUUAUUGGCAGCAUCUGCACUUCUCUCGCCAGGAAUUCUAUGGAGAUGUAUAUUGCCGUUAUAGUUGAAUCAUUUAAUGCGACAUCCUUCACGGCUCUCAGAUCAAUUUCAUCCAAACUUGUGACCAAAGAUGAAAUAGGUAAAAUGACAUCAAUGUUUAAUCUAACAGAAAUACUCGCAUCCAUGGUGUUCGCUCCUUUAUAUUCUAGCGUUUACAAGUGGACUCUCAAAAUUGAUGCUAGCGUUAUUUACUAUAUGAAUACAGUUUUGACAAUAUUACCUUUGGCCAUUUUUGGGUGGUUUUUCAUGGAACAAAAGCAAAGUCAAUGUCAGAAAAUACCCGAAACAGUCGAGGAAAUUUAAGAAACUAACAAACUAAUAGAAGAGUGUCCUUUACCAAAAAUCGAAAUAAAUUAACUAAUAUGACCAUGAUAAAGUAUUAUUUAAUAUCUAUUUACGAUAUUUAUAACUUUUUAAAAGUAGAUAUUUCAAAUUAUGUAUCGUGUUUUGUUUUUUGAUACGUUUAUAAUUAGAUUAUUGGCAUAACUUAUAAGUGGGUCAUAAUUGUUGAGAUAACAUCUUUUGAAAUCUUAUACUAUCAUUAUAUAAAUAGAUCGUUUAAUAAAUAAUAUAAGAAAUAUCUACUACUCAUAUAAGAAGCUAUUUUAUU